GUAUACACCGCGUUAUAUGAUGGCUCAAACUAAGUUCGAUGUUUCAGAAUCAGUGAAGGUAGUGGUGAGAUGUAGACCACUAAAUGAAAAGGAGGCUUCGGAUGGUCACAAAAAGUGUGUGUUUGUCGAUUGUUCGAAUGGGACUAUCGAAGUUCGUAAUCCAGUUGCCAAACUGAAUGAUGAUCCAAAAAGAUUCAGUUUUGACGCUGUUUACGAUGAAAGUUCGAAACAAAGAGAUUUAUACGAUGAAACUUUUCGGGACCUAAUUAACAGUGUUCUAGAUGGCUUCAACGGAACCAUAUUUGCUUACGGACAAACCGGAACGGGAAAAACCUUCACUAUUCAGGGCCUUCAGGAUGACCCGGAAUUACGAGGUGUAAUGCCAAACUCAUUCGUUCAUAUAUUUGACCAUAUAUCGAAGUCUAUGGAUGCUCAAUAUCUUGUACGAGCGAGUUACUUAGAAAUUUACAAAGAAGAGAUUCGCGAUCUGCUUCGCAGAGACCAAUCAAAGCACUUAGAAAUCAGAGAAAAACCAGACAGUGGAAUAUUUGUAAAGGACUUGUCCUCUGUUCUUACCAAAAGUAUAGAUGAAAUCCAGAAGGUUAUGAAGAUUGGAUAUCAAAAUCGUGCAGUUGGAGCCACUAAUAUGAAUGAACACAGUUCGCGAUCUCAUGCUAUUUUUAUUGUAACUGUUGAGAGUUGCAAGACUGGGGCAGAUGGAGAAAAACAUAUACGAGUUGGCAAGUUAAACCUCGUCGAUUUGGCAGGUAGUGAACGCCAGUCCAAAACACUAUCAGAGGGAGAACGCUUGAAAGAAGCCACUAAAAUCAAUUUAAGUCUUUCCACCUUGGGAAACGUGAUAUCUGCACUGGUGGAUGGCAAAAGUACACACAUACCCUAUCGGGACUCAAAACUCACUCGUUUACUCCAAGAUUCUUUGGGGGGUAAUUCAAAAACUAUCAUGAUUGCAAAUAUUGGACCGGCGACCUACAACUAUGAAGAGACCAUAAAUACACUAAGAUACGCUAACCGUGCUAAAAAUAUUAGAAACAAACCAAAAAUAAAUGAAGAUCCAAAAGAUGCCUUGCUGAGAGAAUACCAAGAAGAAAUCAAUAGGCUUAAAUCACUACUGAGAAACUGUGUCGCUGCCAUUCCAAAACAAUCUCAAAAAAAGAACGGAAAGCAGAGAUCUCAACAAAAACAUAUAUUGUCGGAUGGCUCUGAAGCUAACAGCGAUAGAGAAGAUGAUGCAACAAGCAUAGAAAACUAUAUGAAGGAACAGCAAGAAAAACUAUUGGCUGAAAAGAAUGAAGUCUUAAACGACAAUUCACUUGUUGCAGAAGAAAAAUCUCGUAUGUUGAAUGACCUUAAGAUAAAAGAAAUAAAACUUCAGGAAGAACAAACAAAAACGCAACAGUUAGAGUCCAAAUUAAGAGCUAUGGAGAGUAAAUUACUUCGAGGUGAUCAAUCAAUCGUUGAACACACUCGCAUGCAAGAAGUAACUUUAGCUCAACAACGGACACAAAUGGCUGAGCAAAAGCGUCGUGAGCGUGAAAUAGUAGCUCGUAUGGAAGAAGAAGAAGGGAGUAUGGCUAAUUUACAAGAAGGUUUCACAUCAUUAAAACAAGAAGUAGAAGUAAACACUAGAAAGUUAAAAAAAUUAUUUGAAAAAUUACAAGAAAUUAAACAGAAGACAUCUGAUAUACAAGAAGAACAUACUGUAGAACGUCAAGAACACGAAAAAAUUCAAGAUCAACUAACACGUGAAAUUAAAUUACAGUUGUUAAUUCUGGAAAACUUCAUACCAAUAGAAGAAAAAGAGAAAUUAGAAAAACGAAUUUAUUUUAAUGAAGAAACUGAAAGAUGGCAACUGAAACCACUUUUUCAGUCUAGUGAUGAUGGUACAAACCUAAAUAUUCCAUCCUGAUUCGAAGAUCGUAACGUGAUGCUGCAAUGUUAAUAAUGAUCUGGUAAAAUUUUAUGAAAAUAACUCACUUCGUUCGGUUUUUCUCUAUCCGUAAUGAAAGAUUUACCCUCUGGUACAAAACACUGUAGAUAACACAAUACAGUUUAUGCAUUAACACUAGACUGGAAAAUACUGCUGGAAAAACGAGACCACAAUAUUAGAUAGGAGAUAAUCAAACCACUAGACUAAAUCCAGCUGUACACAGAUAGAUAACUGAGAAUGAGAUUAUGGACACAGAAUAACUGUUUAUUAACGCAGUACAGAGUACAGCACAGUGAAAUCAAUAAUGGUAAGGAGUUUAUUAUAACAUAUAGUGCCUUAUACAUCUGUCUUCGCCUACUGGUCAUUCACACCUUACUUUCACC